UAGGAAGAACCCAAACAAAAAGAAAGAAGAAGGAAAGAAUUAUAAAAAAGGAGGCAUAGAGAUCUGACUCAGAAAUUAUUACAUGUCCAUCAUUUUCUGACUGCUCAUAUUGUGAUUUUUUGAAGGCAGGAAAUCUAAACAGGACUUUCUGACUUUAUCCCUGAUUGAAGGGUUAUUUUCUUGAACCCAGGAAACUCUAUACAAGACUUUCUGACUUUAUCCCUGAUUCAAGGGUUAUUUUCUCGAACCCAGGAAACUCUAUACAAGGUCAUCCUGGAAAAGUUAGUAUUAUGGCUACGGCUAUUUCGCCAUUUGCGUCUACGAAAGAGACUACCAACUAUGCAAGGCUAUGCCGCCUCCUGGUGGAUGUUGGAUCUCAGGUGCUUAGGUCCACUUUUGACACAAUACAUCCACCAGCGACUCUAUAUACAGUUUUGGGAAGUACCUCAGUGCAUUACGCCACAUUGCAAUCACUGUACAAAGGGAGGAAGAAAGUGCUGAAUCCCACGCAAUGGGGAAAGUUGUACCCUACUCACGCACCCGUGUCUUCUGCAGCCUUCGAUAUCACACUUCUAACGGUGCUUCUUAGAAAUAUCUGUGGUUUGGGCCCUCCUGCCAAUGGAUGGGAUCGUCUUCCCCUAGCUACAAACAUAAGCAUCGCAGAUGACAUCGCCAGAGUAAAGUAUUACAGGAACACUGUAUACGGCCAUGCUUCUCAAGCCUCUGUGGAUGACAGUAGUUUCAGUGCUUACUGGCAGGAAGUAAGAGAAGCUUUGGUGAGACUCGGAGGAGCUCAUUUUAGAGCUGAAAUCGACAACCUUGAGCACGACUGCAUGGAUCCAGAUAUCGAGGAGCACUAUCGUCAACUGAUGAAACAAUGGAAGAAAGACGACGACAGCAUCAAAGACAAGCUUGAAGAAAUUGAAAGUAAAGACGCGAUUGACAAGAUAGAGAUCGAAGUGAAAGAGGUGAAAGAGAAGCUGAGUAGUCUGACGGCCUCAGCUGAAAAAAGGGCACAAGGUAUUUUUGAUCCAACUGAACUUAUCAAUGGAAUUUGCCAGCUGUACAAGACUCGUGAGGGAUGGCUCUCACCAUUUCCAUGGUGUGAAGAGUUUCAGUUUUUUCUUGGAAGUAUUUUUACAAGGCUCAAAGUGGUCAGAAGAAAGAAAACGAGAGGAGAAAUCACUGACGUAUUUGUUGACAUGUCGUCAAUACUAGAACCGUAUGAAGAGUGUUCAGCGCCGAGAACGGUGUUGAUUGAAGGAGAACCUGGUAUGGGAAAAACCACCUAUUGUAAAAAGUACGCCUACGACUGGGCCACAAAACAGCAAGCACCUCAGGUAUGCGGCUCAACGGCAUUUAAAGUGGUAUUGUUGCUGAAAUGUCGAGAUAUCCAUUCUGACGUUUGGGAAGCUAUUGAUGAUCAGCUUCUGCCCCGAGACAUCAAUGAAGAAGUCAAACAACAAUUCUUUCAGUUUAUUCGUGAAAAUCAGUCCAGCAUUUUAUUGAUAUUGGAUGGAUUGGAUGAGUUACCGUCCAGUAAAUUGUCGAUGUUUUCCGAAUUGAUUGAAGGAAGAGUACUCCCCAGAUGCCACAUAGUUGCAACAGCAAGACACGAAGUUGGAAAAGAGGUGAGAAAAUAUUGUGACGCGCUGCUUCAGAUUGAAGGAUUCACUGAAAAGCAUGCGAAAGGAUUUGUCACCAAGUACUUCAAAGAAAGGCCGGAUUUAGCCACCAAGCUCUCGGAACGGAUGUCGCGAGAUAAAAACCUGAGAGAAAUAGCGGCCAAUCCUCUAAACACAGCACUUCUUUGCCUUUUAUGCGAAGAGUUUGAGGGCACACUCCCCGAAAGCAGAGCUCAACUGUACUUGGAUAUGGUUGAAUGUGUUUUGAGAAGAUAUAGAAAAAAAAAGGGACUACUAGAAACGAUCGAAGACUUGACAAACUAUUACAAACCGCAAUUGAAUCACCUUGGAAAGGUAGCGUUGAAUGGUUUACUUGACGAUAAGCUGGAUUUUAAUGAAAGUGAAUUGAGAAACCAUGCAAAAGACCUGACUGAAUUUGGAUUUCUGUCAGUGCAGCCUGGUGGCAGCAAACUGAAACCAACACUGCAUUAUGCCUUCUUACAUAAAAGUUUUCAAGAAUUCUUUGCAGCAUUCUUCAUUUGUUCUCAGAUUCAAAGCAAGGAAAUGAAACCUGAAGAACUAGUUUCCGAUCCAAGGUAUUUCGUUGAACUUAAACAAAUACUUUUGUUUUCGUGUGGAAUUUUGGCCAUGAAAUGCGAUGAACAGGUUGUGGCUCUUGUAAAGAGUUUAACAAAUGAAGUCAACAAAAAUGAAGGCCGUGGUGCAAAAAUUGUAUUGGAGGCCAUCAACGAAUGCAAAAGAGAAAAAAGUGAUUUUCACUCGCAUUUAUCGAAGUCGUUUGGAACUGGUUUGAAUCUGACCAAUUUGAAUUUGCAAAACAAUGGUAUUAGUGAUGCGGGUGCUACAUGUAUUGCUGAGGCAAUCAAAGUGAACAAGACGCUAACCAAUUUGAAUUUGUCUUGGAAUGGUAUUAGUGAUGCGGGUGCUACAUGUAUUGCUGAGGCAAUCAAAGUGAACAAGACGCUAACCAAUUUGAAUUUGUCUUUGAAUGGUAUUAGUGCUGCGGGUGCUACAUGUAUUGCUGAGGCAAUCAAAGUGAACAAGACGCUAACCAAUUUGAAUUUGCGAAACAAUGGUAUUAGUGCUGCGGGUGCUACAUGUAUUGCUGAGGCAAUCAAAGUGAACAAGACGCUAACCAAUUUGGAUUUGCGAGGUAAUGGUAUUAGUGAUGCGGGUGCUACAUGUAUUGCUGAGGCAAUCAAAGUGAACAAGACGCUAACCAAUUUGGAUUUGCGAAGUAAUCGUAUUAGUGCUGCGGGUGCUACAUGUAUUGCUGAGGCAAUCAAAGUGAACAAGACGCUAACCAAUUUGGAUGGGUUUUAACAACUAAAACAACUUUGAAGUAAAAGGACACUGCCUUUAAAGUAGGCAGGUUCCCUUGAAAAUUGAGGGCCGAAGGCCCGAACCUCUAGGGGGGUCCGGGGGCAUGCUCCCCCGGGAAAUUUUUAAAAGAUAAGUCUCCCAGAAACGCAUUUUCCUGCAAUCUGGAAAAGAAAUCUUCUUGCAAUGAUGCAUACUUAAUCUAUCAUAAGAAAAAAGAAUGGUACUCUGGGAGAAUUUGUUUAUUUCACUGUUGUUUUCGGAGCCUCUUUUUAUCCUACAUUUACAAGUUAAAGGCCCACUUUCAACCUUGAUGCAACGCCUUUCAACCUUGACGCGACCCAAUUUCCUGUAACACGGAAUUCCCAGAUCACUAAAAACCUUCUAAAAUCGUCUUUCUCAAGAGCCACCCUGAACACGCUUGGAUCUCUUCAUACUCUAUGAAGAGUCGGCGAAAAGGACAAUAUUCAAAUUUUUUCACUUUUUAGAAGCGCUUGAGGAUUCUAAAUGAAGACAAAAUACUUCCAAUAGAAACUGGUAUUUUCCAAAGAGAAAUAUGGAAAAAUAUCAGACUGCCGGACGUCUAGUUAUUUAAAGACCGUGUCCGGUAGUGUCUGGUGAAAAUUUUCUUAGUGUCGCUCUUGGAUCUCCUCGCACUCUGUGUACAAGGUCAGCGAAACGGAGAACGUUGGCAUUUUUUCACUUUUUAGAAGCGCUUGAGGAUUGUAAAUGAAGGUCGAAUAUUUUCCAAUGAAAAAUUAGUAUAUUUCAAAGAGAAAUAUGGAGUUAUUUGAGGACCGUGUCCAGCCGUGUCAAGCGCUUGGAUGGCUUCGUACUCUGUGCAAAAUGCAGACUACGGACCGCAGACCGGGUACAAAAUGCAGACUGAGAAUUUGUACUGUUUUUUCGUCUGAUACGUGAUAACAUGGCAUCUUACAACUUACCGAGCGUCACGCAAGCGCUUUUCCUCGAUCAUCUUUCGCGAUUAUUUGCACUAUUGUGGAAUAUUCCUUGCCUGUCUCUUAAUCACAAUCGUUCUUAAUUUUUUUCAAGCCUCGUUUAGUAUUCUCAUUUUCCGCGCGAGUUGGUUGGCGUGAUGUCUUUACAGAAUUUACCAACUAACUAAAAGUAGAUGUGGAUGUAAAUGGAUGCCACUAUUGAAUAUUUAACCUGCGCAAUAUUCGAGAAAUUCAUCUUUUUAACCGAUAUGUGUUCAUUUUGCUGACAAAAAUGCGAACCAAGACCAGAACUUUUCUUUCGACUUGAUAUAUUUUCAACGUUCAGAAGUGUACACAUACUGAUUUCCCCUUAGUGUCUUAUAUUGUCAUUGGUUUUCAUGAGAAACCGGAGAAUUUUUAUAGGGAAAAGCGAAGCGUUGCCCUCGUGACUGGCCAUUUGUUAACUUUUUUGGUGGUUUUAUCUCUCGUUGGUUUGGUGACUACGCAAAUAUUAAUAUGUGAAAAUCAGAUUAUAUGAAGACUUGAAAUUCUAUUAGGAACGAUUGUGGCCGCUUUGUUAAAAAUCAAAUGCAAUGGCCGCUUUGUUUAAAACAAAAGAUAUCAAGAAACGGGCAAGGAAUAUUUAAUAGAUAAUUAUUGCGGCAGUCAGCGUUAUGAGAUAUAUUGCAGCCAACUGAGGGCGUAGUCUGCCUAAUGACCUCUGCCCAUCCCACCUCCAGCCCACACAAACUUUUUUCCGAUCCCCAUCACUACGAAUGCACAAGUUUUCUUAUCACACAACUGCCCAAAAAUAAAAAAAUUUAUUCCAAAAGUCUUGAAAGUUCACAUAAACCGAAUUCAUCUGCACCUAUAUUCAGCAAGUCCAAGAAAUCAAUGCAAACCUAAGCCAUAACAUGAAUGAGCUGGCUCCAAGAGCCAUUUGAUUUUCAUCAUUUCAAAGUUUCGAGCGUCUCUCUUUAAUUAAAAACCAAGACAAAAAUCA